AUGGUCGGCAUUCUCCUCGAACAGCCUUCUCACCCUACACAAUUCCGCCAAGACCGUGAUGGUCUCGCUCUGGAAGCCCUUUGCGAUGAGAUCGAACGCGCAGACAUCCUAGCAGACCAAGCUCUUAAGCGGCAGCAACAACAACAAGGCGACGACAACGACGAGCCUUCUCGAUUCGACGCGGAUAAGGACAAGAGUCAAUUCCGUCAAUACGAGACGGCCAGCGACCGAGUCAAGAACUUUUACCUGGAGCAACACACCAAGCAAACCGUGGCUUACAACCUCAAAGCCCGAAAUGACUUCAAGUCCAAGACCCGGGCGGAGAUGUCAGUCUGGGAGGCCAUCGAGCGCCUCAACACGCUCAUUGAUGAGUCUGACCCGGACACCGAGCUCAGCCAAAUCGAGCAUUUGUUGCAAUCGGCCGAAGCCAUGCGCCGAGAUGGCCGUCCUCGUUGGAUGCAAUUGACGGGCUUGAUCCAUGACUUGGGAAAGCUGUUGUUCUUCUUCGAUGCUCAAGGUCAAUGGGAUGUCGUGGGCGACACCUUCCCCGUUGGCUGUGCCUUCGAUGAUAAGAUCAUCUACGGCCACAAGUCCUUCGCCGCCAACCCAGAUUUCCACGACCCCAUCUACAGCACCCAGUAUGGGAUCUACGCACCUGGCUGUGGAUUGGACAAUGUCAUGCUCUCUUGGGGUCAUGACGAGUAUCUCUACCACGUGGUCAAGGACCAGUCUACCCUUCCUGACGAGGCCCUGGCCAUGAUCCGCUACCACAGCUUCUACCCAUGGCAUCAACAAGGAGCAUACCGAGAGUUCAUGACCGAGCAUGAUGAGAAGAUGCUCAAGGCGGUCAAGAAGUUCAACCCAUAUGACCUCUACAGCAAGAGCGAUGAGAAGCCCAGUGUCGAGAAGCUCAAGCCAUACUACAUGGAGCUGAUCGAUGAAUAUUUUCCCACGAAAGUGAUCAAAUGGUAA